UGAGUCUCGGCGCUCUUGAGAAAUAUAAUUCAACGAAUGCCUUUUAUUUUUUAGAGCAAAAAGAGAGUGUGCAAGAAAAUGGGUCAAACAUUGGAAAAUUCCUAGUCACGAACUUGCAAAAAUAAUCAUUUUCUCAGCAAGAAAAAUUAAUGAAUUUAAUCACAGCAAUGAUGAGGUCCCUAACGCCGCUCAUCUUCUCUUCUUUUGUCGUUCUACAACUAGCUUUCGUUGCGGUUGCUCAGCCGCAGUUCAUGCACCAGACCUGUUACGACAACGGAUACUAUACCGCAAACUCCACCUACCGAACAGACCUCAACACCGUUCUGUCGUCGCUAGUCUCGGACACAAAAAAUGACUCUGGCUUCUAUAAUUUAACCGUCGGCCAAGUAAAUUCCAUUGCGUUCUGUAGAGGAGAUGUUAAGCCUGAGGAUUGUCGAGGUUGCGUCGCUAAUGCUACUCGUCAGAUCUUACAAAUCUGUCCUAAUCAGACGGAUGCAAUCGGAGUUUAUGAUCGAUGUAGGUUACGAUACAGAAACAGCUCGAUAUAUGGCGUUGUAGACGUAUCGCGCAUUUUCACGAUAUGGAACGGAAACAAUGCUUCGAAUCUCGACGAGUUCAUUCAGGCGCAACAAACUUUGUUCCGUAGGCUGCGAAGCGAGACAGCGUCAGGGAACUCAGUUCUAAAGUUUGCAACAGGAAAUGAAGCUGUUGGGUUUGAUGAAAUCUACGGGAUGAUGCAAUGUAGUCCUGAUUUAUCGCCCCAGCGGUGUGAUGAAUGCUUGUCUGAGGUUAUUUCAUAUAUUAUAAACACCUUUUCAGGGAAGAUCGCAGUUAGCUCAAUAGCACCAAGCUGUGAUGUCAGGUUUGAUAAUAAGCUCUUUUAUGACCCUAGUGUAGCUACCUCACCACCUCCACCGGCGCCACAAGAAUCUCCGGUGCCUGAGCUUCCUCCUCCUCCUCCUCCUGAACCAUCCAUAAAAGGAAAUAAGAGCAACACAACGAAGACGAUCAUUGUAAUCGUAGUUCCGAUAAUUGGCGUUGUCGUAAUAUUUUCUAUCGGCUUGUUCGUCUUUUUUAAGAAACAGAAGCCAAAGAGAGAAGCUGAUGAAAAUGUAGAUGAAAUAGAGAAUCCAGAAUCUUUGCAAUUGGAUUUUGAAACUGUUAGAAUUGCAACAGAUAAUUUCUGUGAGGAAAACAAGCUAGGCCAAGGUGGAUUUGGUGCGGUUUACAAGGGGCUACUGUCUAAUGGACAAGAAAUUGCAGUCAAAAGGCUUUCGAAGAAUUCAGGACAAGGUGAUUUGGAAUUUAAAACUGAAGUCGUACUGGUGGCCAAGCUUCAGCACCGGAAUUUAGUUAGGCUUCUUGGUUUUAGCUUGGCAGGAGAAGAAAGGCUUCUAAUCUACGAGUUCGUGCCUAAUGGCAGUCUUGAUCAUCUCUUAUUUGAUCCAAGAAAGCGUGGAAAUUUAGAUUGGAAAAGUCGUUACAGGAUUAUUUCUGGUAUAGCAAGAGGACUUCUUUAUCUUCAUGAGGACUCUCAGCUUCGAAUCAUUCACCGUGACCUCAAAGCUAGCAAUAUUCUGCUAGAUGUCGAUUUGAAUCCUAAAAUUGCAGAUUUUGGUAUGGCAAGAUUGUUCGAAAUGGAUCAAACUCAAGGCAACACAAAUAGAAUUGUGGGCACCUUUGGCUAUAUGGCUCCAGAGUAUGCAAUGCAUGGAUUUUUUUCAGUUAAAUCAGAUGUAUACAGUUUCGGAGUGCUACUUUUGGAGAUUGUAAGUGGUCAAAUGAAUAGCUCUUUUGCCGAUGAAGAGAGCAUGAAGGAUCUACUGAGCUAUGCAUGGAAAAAUUGGAAGGAAGGAACAUCAAUUAAAAUUAUUGAUCCGAGUUUGAAAUCUGGUUUAAGCAAUGAAGUGAUCAGAUGUAUCCAGAUUGGGUUACUAUGUGUGCAAGAAAAUGUUGCUGAUAGGCCUAGCAUGGCUACUGUUGUACUCAUGCUAAAUAGUUACUCUACUACGCUCUCGGUGCCCUCUCAACCCGCAUUUUUUAUGCAGAGCCACAUUGAAUCAGAAUUUUCGUCUUCGUGGGGAUAUAAAUCCGAGCGUUGAAAUCCUCGCAAUCUCGAGCUGUAAUGCAGCCAUUAUUAAGAAAUGAGGUUAAUCACAGAGUAAUUAAUUGUCAUUCUAUGCUGAGGUUGGUCCAAUUCUAUCAUUUGUGUGAUAAAAACACAAGUAUGUAGUAAUAUACUUUUCAGAUUUGAAAUUCAAUUUAGUAAAACUCGUUGGUGUUUGUCCCACGCAAUAAAACUCUGAGUUUGAACAAACUUUAAAGACUUUGACUUGGGAGUCUUUGGCGAUUAGUAUUUGUUUGAUGGUUAA